AUGGAGCUUGGAGACGCAGCGACUCUCCUCCUGGCAGCCUGCCUGAUGAUCUUCUGGGAGUGGAAACGGCGGCAACGAACAAGCAAACUCCCCCCAGGGCCAACACUUCUCGAACCCUCUGGCUACCUGCUGCAGGCUAGGAACAAGGGGAUGCUUGAAAUACUGCGGAAGGUGAAAGAGAAGUACAGCCCCGUGUUCCCUGUGAAUUUGGGCAUGUGGCAGUUAAUGUUUCUCUGCGACUCCGACUCCGUGAGGGAAGCCCUGGUGGACCAAGCAGAAGAGUUCAGUGGGAGAGUGAGAGCAGAGUUAGUGGACACGUUAUUCCAAGGUCACGGUGUCGCCAUGGCUAAUGGAGAACGGUGGAAGCAGCUCCGGCGAUUCUGCACCUCAACCCUGAGGAAUUUUGGGAUGGGGAAAAAAAGCAUUGAGGAGCAGAUCCAGGAAGAAUCUCAGUACCUGGUAGAGGAAAUGGGGAAAACCAAAGGUUCUCCCUUCGACCCCACCCUCGCCAUCACACACUCGAUUGCUAACGUCAUCUGCUCCAUUGUCUUUGGGAACCGCUUCGACUACAAGGACCAGAACUUCCUGAACUUGAUGGGCAGCAUCAACAACGCGUUCUUGGAUACGAGCAAGAUCUCAACUCUGUUCUAUGAGACGUUUCCAAGGAUCAUGAAAUACAUACCCGGCCCACACAACCGGGUUUAUAGCCACUACAGGGCCUUACACGAUUUCAUCCUGGAGAGGGUGAGGAUAAAUCAGCAGAGCCUGGACCCCAGCUGCCCUCGGGACUUCAUUGACUCCUUCCUCAUCAGGACGGAAGAGGAGAAGCAAAACCCACAGAGUGAAAUGAACACUAGAAACCUGGUGGAGACAACAAUCCAGUUAGUCUUUGCUGGGACAGAGACAACGAGCUCCACCUUGAGAUUUGGAUUCCUCCUCUUGGUGAAAUACCCAGAGGUCCAAGGUAAGGUGGACAUGAAAUAA